AUGUUCUGCGGUUGCAUGAUCGGCGGGUCUCUCUGGGGAACAGGGAAGCAUCUCUUUGAGCUGACUUCCGAGCAACGAACUACUGCAAUGGAAUACUGGUGGUUCUGCAAUAUCUCAUACGCCGUCUCCUCCGUGCUUGCCAAAGUAUCCGUUUGCAUCUUUCUCCUCCGCGUGAUGCCCUUCCCCUGCCAUCGGGCAGCACUCUAUACGGUCACGGUUCUCGCAGUUUGCAGUGGCAUACCAUUCUUCGUCCUGUUGGUCAUACAGUGCUCUCCUGUCUCAUUCUGGUGGACUCGGAUGAGGGGCGAUACAAAUGGACACUGUGGAUAUGUCGACGCUAUAGCAAUAAUGUUGUACAUAUUCAGUGCUUCGUCGGCGCUCUUCGAUUUCACAGUAGCUUUGCUGCCUGUUAUCCUCGUCCGCAAUCUGCAGAUGAAUCGACGGACUAAGGCAGCUGUUGCGGGUCUUCUGGGGAUGGCAUGUGUGUGCGUCAUUCCAUUGUUUCUCCUUGCUGAUGUCUUCUUUGGUAUGCUAAGAGCAGGCAAAUGUAGUGCGAGCAUCGCCAUCAUCAUUCGGUUAGCUUUCGUUCAGACAAUCCAUGACCCUGACUAUCUUUACGGAACCGUUCAAAUUGCAAUCUGGUCCUGCAUAGAGGUCGGCCUUUCCAUAACAGCGGGGUCCCUCGCAACAACCCGCCCCUUGUUUCGCAUCCUCCACAAUCGGUCCUCUUCCCCAUACAACCCCUUCGACGACCCUUCGACCCCUAGCAAUGACCGAAACAAGCAUCGCCGCUCCAUAUCCUGGUCUGAACCUUAUCCUAGCUCCCGAUCCAGACGCACCUCAAACCGCAUUCUUGCCCUUGAAAAUGACCUCGGCUUCAACUUUGGUUCCGGCCGAAACAACUCAAUCUCGACCUCGAGUCGUCGUCGCUCUCGUUCUUCAAAGUCUACAUCUCGUCCCAGUACAAGCCGCAACAAACGCCGCAGCGGCGUCACAACCGAGGGCCGGCCAAGCUCUAACUUCUAUGAACCGUAUAUCGGCGUAGAGAUGUUGAAGAUGCAGUCGACCACUGACGUGGAAGGCGGCCGGACAGAUGACACUGAAGGGUCGUCACACCCUGCUCCUGGCACGGAACUGUUGGACCCAACUACCGACCCUAAUUCUUCUGGUCUUGGUGAAUUUGCCGGACGGCCGGAGGGCCUUCAGACAGCAGCGUCGAACUAUACCGCACACCUCACCACCGCUGUAAUGCGCCCACGACGUUGGACGUCACGAGAUGGAUUAGCGGAGAUAGGCAGCACUCUAGCUGUGGUCUGGGAGACUACUCCUGAAGUGAAGGCCCAUUGCGUCAAGGAGUGCAGUGUUCAAGCCAGUUCGUUGCAUUACUUCCUUGCGGGCAGUAGCGAGUCUGAACUUUAUCGCCAACGGCCCAUGAGGUCGUACCGCGCAGGCGGCGAAUGUUCGCGCUUUUUUUUUCUCACAAUUGGGGUCUUAGUGCAAUUGGAUGGCCAGAAGAGCAAGGUUAGGAUCAGCAGUAUUUUCUCCCCAUUUUCCACCUUUUACUGUAUAGCGCUCUCUCAGGGCUGCCGCAAGUACGCCGACCAUGGUAGAAUUCUGUCCACUAUUAAAGCUACUCGACCUUACUGA